ACUUCAUCUUACCAAAAUCAACCCAACUCUCACGUCUUAAACUCCUAAAAUCAAAGUCUAGAAAAAGAUCAAAAAAUUACAUUUCGCAAAUGGCCAAUAAUGGAGAAAAUCAGCAAAACCAAGCUGGUAGGCACCAGGAAGUCGGCCACAAGAGCCUUUUGCAGAGUGAUGCUCUUUACCAGUAUAUACUUGAGACUAGUGUUUACCCAAGAGAGCCUGAAUCAAUGAAGGAGCUCAGGGAAUUGACAGCAAAGCAUCCAUGGAACAUCAUGACCACCUCAGCCGAUGAAGGUCAAUUCUUGAACAUGCUUCUCAAGCUCAUCAACGCCAAGAACACAAUGGAGAUCGGUGUCUACACUGGUUACUCUCUCCUCGCCACGGCACUUGCUCUUCCAGAAGAUGGAAAGAUUCUGGCUAUGGAUAUUAACAGAGAGAACUACGAACUGGGUCUUCCAGUAAUUCAAAAAGCCGGUGUUGCCCACAAGAUUGAUUUCAGAGAAGGCCCUGCUCUUCCAGUCCUUGACCAAAUGAUCCAAGACGGGAAAUACCAUGGCUCAUUCGACUUCAUCUUCGUGGAUGCAGACAAAGACAACUAUCUGAACUACCACAAGAGACUGAUCGAGUUGGUGAAAGUAGGAGGAGUUAUCGGCUACGACAACACUCUGUGGAACGGCUCCGUGGUUGCUCCUCCUGAUGCUCCAUUGAGGAAGUACGUCAGGUACUACAGGGACUUCGUUCUUGAGCUCAACAAGGCUCUCGCUGCCGAUCCCAGAAUCGAGAUCUGCAUGCUUCCCGUCGGUGAUGGAAUCACCAUUUGCCGUCGGCUCAACUGAGAUCGACUUUUUCCGCCCAUCCAUCACCACUUGGUGGCUGCAAAGAUGAACUUGUUUUUUAUUUUUUAUUUUUCUUUCUCUAUUUUUAAUUUUAAACCCAAGAUCGAUCCUUUUGUGUGUAUUUGGGAUCGGUAUAAUUAAUAUCUUGCUAUGAUAUACCUGAUAAUGCCGUUUAUACUCUGUUUUAUUAAUAAUCUUAAUCAACUUAAACAAAAUCCUCUUUUUUAUUAUUAUUA